AUGAGUCGACCUGAGAUUAUUAUACAUUAUGGUGGUGAAUUGGUGAAUGACAAGUAUCUUGGUGGACAAAGAAGGUUUCACUUAAUUCCUCCUGAUGGAUUGAAGUAUUCGAGCUUGAUUAGUCAUAUUCAUUUGCUAGUUGCAGUUGAUAUGAGCUCUAUGUGUUAUCUAUUAAGUUCUGUUGUUGUGGCACCUGAUGGAGAUAACAUUGUAAUGAAUGUUAUGAAUGAUUUGGAUUUGCAGUAUGUUAUUGAUACUUCUGAGGUUCCCAAAGUGUUUGUGACUGUUUCACCUCGUUUGUUGGCUGGACCUGUUGUUGGAGAUGGCUUUGUUAAUGAUAAUCUGUAUGAAAACAUUGACGAUAUUGAUUUUUACUUAGAUGAUGGUGAUGAGGUUUCUGAUGAUCAGGAUAGUCUUGAUGACUUGGAUGAUGAUUUACAGCAAGAUGUUCCCACUGUUGUUAGAAGUCGACAUAUAGUUCCACCUUUGCCAUCUUCUUCUUUUGUUAAUGAUGGUUUGGAUGAUCAGAGCAUUAAUGUUGAUACUAGCAGUAUGCGACAAUGGAUUAUUCCAGGUGCAAUGUAUCAAGCUUCGUUGCCUGUCGAUGGAGCUAUUGAUGUUGAGUUAUAUUCUCGAGAUUCUUUAGCUGUUGGAUCUACCUAUAUGGACAAAGAUAGUAUGAUUACUGCAUUGGGUCUGUACCACUUGAAGAAUCGAGUUGAAUUUGUUGUUAGUAGGUCAUCCACUAGCAGAUUUAAUGCUAACUGCAAGUAUCCAGACGAGUGCCAAUUUUUGAUGCGUGCGACUGCUUCAAGUACAGUUUGGAGGGUGAUCAAGUGGAUUGCACCCCACACUUGUCAGAUGGAUUUUCGCCACCAUGGUCCACGUACGGUUUCUUCAAAGAUUAUUGGUGCUUUUUUUGCACCAACAUUGAUGCACAAUGGUGCAGUUUUGAAGCCUAAGGAGAUGGCAGCUCAAUUACAGCGAGAGUAUGGAUUUCAUGUUGACUAUUCAGCUGCUUAUGCUGGGAGGAAUCACGCCAUCAAGCUUAUUUAUGGCGAUCCUGAUAAGUCUUUUCAGUUGAUCCCCUCUUAUCUUCAUAUGGUGCAGCAUUGCAACCCGGACUCGAUUAUUGAUUUGGAGACUAAUGGAGAUGAUGUCUUUAAGUAUUGCUUUAUGGCUCUUGGUGCUUGUAUUCGUGGUUUUUUAUCAUCUGGGCGUCCUGUUGUUGUUAUUGAUGCUACCCAUUUAAAAGGAAAGUAUAAGGGUGUGAUGUUUGUUACUGUGACAAAGGAUGGAAAUGAACAGGUUUUCCCAUUAGCUGUUGGAUUGGGUGAUAAGGAGAAUGACAGUUCAUGGUUAUGGUUUCUUACACGGUUGAAACGUGCUUUUGGUGUUUUAGAGAACAUGUUAUUUGUUUCAGAUCAGCAUAUCAGCAUAAAGAAUGCUGUUGAAGCUGUGUUUCCUGGAGUUCCUCAUGGUCUUUGCACGUAUCAUUUGCAGAAGAACCUUGCAAGAUAUGGUGCAAAUGUUGUAGCUAUGUUUCAGAGAGCUGCAAAUAGCUACAAGAGGGAGCAAUAUGAUUUGCAUUCUGGGCAAUUGGCCUUGGUUCGUGACAAAGGUGCAUAUAGGAAGUUGAUGGAUAUUCAGCCUUCUAGAUGGGCAUGUAGUCAGUGUAGAGUUCGUAGAUAUAACUUCAUGACGUCUAAUUGUGCCGAGGUAUUCAAUGGUAGGCUUCGAUGGGAUAGGAGAUUGCCCGUAUGCACCUUGCUAGAGUUUGUGAGAACAUUGAUAUGUCAUUGGUUUGCAGAAAGGCGUAGCAAGGCUUUGGCAAGAACUCAUCCACUUACAGAGUGGGCUGCAUUGAAACUAGACAUCUCAGUUUAG